AUGGGAUAAGGUUCAUCUUGCAGAAACCAAAUCAUUAUUGUUUCUAAUUUUCACCAUCGAGAUUCAGAAGAUGAAGAUGAACAAGAUAAUCAAAAUCAAAUACAUCAACCUGAGUAUUCUGAUGAGAGUGAAAAUUCUUUUAUAUAAUCUUUAAAUCAGUUUGAGCAAUUUCAAAGGUAAUAACAAGAAGCGUAAAUAAGAGAAAGAGAAGAGAUUCUUUGGAAACAUGUUAAACUAUUUGAACUUUUAAUUUAAGCCUAAUAAGAACAAAUUAUUUUGAAUCGUUUUUUAGAAGAACUUUAAAUAGAAGACAACUAAGAUGAGGAUCAAUUAGAAAUUAAUAUAUCAUUAUUUUAUAAGCAAAAACAUGGACAACCAAUUAAUUAUCCAUGCAAACAUGCUAAAUGUCUUACAGUAGCUACUCUGAAUUGUCAUGGAAAGGUUAAUUGCCAAAAUGACUGCCCUUCAUUUGCUAUAAAGGAUGCUGUAUUUGAUAUCUCAAGGAAUUAGAUAUUUUACAAACAUGAUCAAAAUAAGUUUGGGAAUUAUGUGUCUAUUUAAAAGCCAAUUGAUAUGGCUUAGAUAUUAGAUGAUUCUUUGUCAAGAUCAAAUAUGAAUGAGAGCCAAAAAAAUGAAUUUUGCAAAAACUUUUCAAAAGUACUAUGUUUAGAAUUUAUGAACUCAAAGAAAUGA